CACAGAAGAGGUAGGACCAGUUCCCUCUAGACUGCUGGUGUGUGGCCCAGGGCGGAGCCCCUGGGUUUAAAGGGCGGAACCCAUCCAGGCUGUCCUCAGACUUGCUCUCUGCUCUCUGAACCACUCACCUGGCUGGGGUGACAUCCAGGGUGUUAAAGUGGAAGCUUUAGUAAGCAGCCUGCAGCCUUGCCCUCUGUCCUGACAUGAAGGGAGUAACCUGUGCCUUUCUCCUGGUGUUAGCAGGUCUGCCUGCCUUGGAAGCCAAUGACCCAAUCGAUAAAGACAGUCCCUUCUAUUAUGACUGGGAGAGCCUGCAGCUGGGUGGAAUGAUCUUUGGAGGGCUCCUGUGCAUCGCUGGAAUAGCCAUGGCCCUGAUUCCUUACCUGAGAAAGCCACCCCACUCAUCACUCCAGGCUCGGCGAGCACCUGAACUGGACACAGGACCAAGCUGGAGGCGGGUCUGGCAGCUUCCCACUGUUCUUCCACUCUGGAGACCUUCCCUUCCAGGAUGGCCUCUCACACGUGCUGUUAAGUCUUCACUGACAGGGAAGAGUAACCUAAACGUAUUUUAUAUUAAAAUGGUCUUGCCACUCCCUUCUGUGGUCUUGUGACCCCUCUGUUGAUGU